UGGCCGGACCAUUAACAAGCAUUGAUAUAUAACAGUAACAACGAUUAUACCAGGUGUCGAAAAUCAGCAGCGUUGCAAAAGAGAAGACGAUACAUAUCUAAUAAUGACGACAUACGUUCUUCCGACAACAGUCUAUCAGUCACCUCUACAGGUUCGGAGGGAGGCUCGAGUCACCCUAAUUGAAGAUGAGCUCCAGGUCAACAUACCUUUAUAUCAUUACCCUUCGAAGUUGUUGAUAACCUCACCACUACCUGAUGACAUGCCUACUCCACGGGGACCAGCAACGACGAUCACACCUGCAACAGACGCCACAUCUGUAGUCUCGUCCAUGUGGAGCCAUCGUGGCUCGAACUCGACAUUCGACAGUCUCUAUGAUCUUACCGACAGCGAAGGCGAGGAGGUACCGUUGAAGCUUUCCGCAUCUGUCAAGAAACACGUCGGAGAAAAAGAACGUAGCAGGUACCCCUCUCUUGUCAUACCCUCACCCAGUCAAUGGCCGUCUAUCCACAAGCCAACAUCGGCCCACGCUAUCGGCUUGUCACCUGCGUCGAAGCUUGCAUCUCCUUCGGUAUUCUCAGUGUGGCAGACUCAAAGACUGCGGUUGCCCAGUGGCACCUCAACACCGUCUUUGGACGGAAGUCUAACCUCAGAAGAACUUGCUCUCUCGAGUUGUCCUUCUACUCCAGAUCUCGCUUCCCGGGAUGAGAUCGUCAAUGAGUGGGAGCCACCAUGCCAACUUGACCCUGAUGUAUUCGAGACAUUACACCAGCUCAGUCCGGAAGAGGCUGAGGUUGAGGUGGUCGAGACAGUCCUCGAGGUGUCUGAUGAAGCCGCUCAUGAGAUGAAAGAGAUUGUGAAAAGCACUCCAGUCCGUCUUGACUUUGCUCUCAUAUCUAUCCAUGGUGAGGAUCAGCAGAGUCAGGAUCCCAUUUCUGCACUGAGCGUGCCAUCUCCAGGCGGCUUUUUCUCUUCCCUUGCACCAGUCGCAGCGCAAACUUGGAGAAUCAGAACACCUGAGCCAUCAACAAGCGUGGCCGAGAACUUCUACGGCGUCCCGUGGCGCGCAACUUGGUCAAGUGAGCAAAGCACAACAAUUGUUACUGCGCUUUCGCCAUCGAGUCGCGGACCACCAACGGCAAUCAAGGACGUUUUUUCACCCAUUGAUCGGAGUGUCGAUAUUGCAGAAAUCAUCGACGUAUGUCAGCCGCCUUCCGAGUACAACGAAGUGUAUCAGGAGAAACUAAAACAAUCAGCGUUGGCGCACUUUGAACGCACAAAAGAUUGGCUAGAUGAUCAGUUUAGCAUGCUUCGCAAAAUUGUCACCGAAGACACCGCCACACCUUCCACGCCGGAGAUGACUUCGCCUCUCACAGGAUCUGCUGCUAGCAGCCCGUCCAAGAAGUCGGUGCGAUUCGCUGCUGAGCACAAUUCUCCGAGGCCUUCGACAAGCACAGGCGUUUCGACCAUUUAUGGACCUACCUCAACUGCCGCAAACACGGUCAUCCUCCCUACCGACGACAGCGUGGGUUCUAUCUUCAUUGAGGGGUUCAAAUCGAUUAUGGCACGCCACCGAUCAAUUGACACCUUUGUUCACCGCCAGAUGCGCCUGGAGAAUACGCAUAUCCAGCGCCGCAACUUCUCAUCAACCUAUUGCAAAGCUCUCAACAACGACUUCGAGAUCUCAGAAACCUCUCGUCCUACCUCAACUCGUCCUAUCUCGACCAUGCUACCUGCACCUAGUCCCGAAGAUGACGCAAGGAGAGAAGUCAUUGCAGCUGUUGAGCGUGAACGUCAGGUACUCGAUCAAAUUUCUCCCGCCAUGUGGGAGCUCGAGGCUCUCGCAUACAUUCGAGGCGGAUCACUUCUCGUCAAGGACGUUGCUAUCCACAUCGCUUCCCUUUCCUCGCCUCAGAUCCUCGACUUUGGAGGCAGACCGAACUGCGAUUGGGGCUGGCAUAUUGCGACAUCUUACCCUUCCGCCAAAGUCUGCACUGCUUACCUCGGCGUGCAUGAGAUCCUCGAUGCACCUUCUAACCACUGCAGCGUACAGAUGGAGAAACCAUUUGCUCUACCUUUUGCCGAUGACAGUUUCGAUGUCAUAUCAGCACGUAGCUUGCACUCGCUUCUCAAGACCGACGAGAUCAAUCUCACACUCGCCGAGCUUCACCGCGUGCUGAAGCCUUCUGGAUACCUUGACUUCUGCCUCCUCGACGCGCUGCUCAUCAACGUAUCAGCUGGAUCGUGGGGUCAGGUCAUGAAUGCAGAGUUCGGCCAUAAACUUCAAAGUCGAGGAUAUGAACGUGAGCCUACCAAGCACUUCAUCUCCAGACUCGGCAAGGCUGGCUUCAAGGACACAGAAAGAACGUGGAUGUACUUGGGUAUGGGUGAUGUUUCUCCAACUUGGACUGACGCGGGUAAAAGUGCUGGCAAGACACCAACCAGAUCUUUGCCGGCUGUUCCCGGCGACAUCAAGUCGCCCAUCGCUCAAUCACCUGCUUCUUUCAAGACUUCCAUGUCCAACACAGAGACUUCUAGUCCGAAAGGCGCAACCCACUAUCAAGUUCCCAUCUGUGACAAGGAUGGAAACAUCAUCUUCGGUCCCGAUGGCGAGCCUUCCUUCUACCCUCCCGUUCUCACCGGUAGUUCCUCUGCCGCAGCACCAGUGACUGGUUUGCUAGGUGCCAGAAUGUGGGAACAGUGGGUUUACAAGCUGGCUCGAGAGAUGGGAGGUGCAGAGUCCGAACAGCAAAUGUUGGAGCAAGUCUGCGGUGUGCUGGAGCAGGGUGGGAAGAUGGGAAGUGGUGUUGGAUGCCUGAUGGGAUUGGCCAGGAAGUAGGAAAUGCUCGUGCAGAAAGAUGAUGGUGAAGGUGAUUGUUGAAAGCAUGGUUGAAGCUGUUUCUUUUCCUUGAUUUUUUGCGUUUGUUUGCUGGCUUUGCUAUCUUGUCGUCAUAAUACCCUAUUGUCGCUCCUUUAUAAAGUCUUUUCUUCUUCGUUGCUUAACGACUUGCCAUGAAAUGGAUUAGUUCUCGUGAUGUGCGCGUCUAUGCUCACGGAAAGCGACGUCCUCGGCGUAGCGUUGACGGUGAGUCCGGCGUUUUUCAUGUUGCGCAUCUGUCGGUGUUGCGCGUGGACGUGCUGGGCUGAUGGCUGGGGAUAUGGAGUAGCCUAGCCAGUCAGGCGUGCGUAUGCUUCUUGACAAAAAGUAUGGUCGAAUGUUUCGCGUCAAGGAGAUAAGCAGAG